GCAGGAGCGUGAGUCUCCGUUAAGAAGAUGCAGCGGCGGCGCCGGAGAUGUGAAAUUAAGUGAACCACAUAUGCUUCAUCAUCAUCGGGAUCUUGGAGAAUUAUCUGAGCACCAAGUUCAUACGUAUUCUAUCUCAGAGGCAUCUAUUGGACAACAAAACAUUCUUUGAAUUGUGAACUUUAUUUUUUGAGACACAGUUUCAGUCUCAUUGUCCAGGCUGGAGUGCAGUGGCACGGUCUUGGCUCACUGUAACCUCUGCCUCCCAGAUUCAAGCAAUUCUCCUGCCUCAGCCUCCCGAGGCUGGGAUUACGGGUAUCUGCCGCCAAGCCUAGACAAUUUUUUGUACUUUUUUUUUCUAUUUUUAGUUGGGACGAGCUUUCACCAUGUUGGCCAGGUUGGUCGCCAACUCCUGACCUCAGGUGAUACCCCCCUCGGUCUCCAAAAGUGCUGAGAUUACAAGCAUGAACCACUAUGCCUGGCCCAGUUGUGGACUUUAACAGAGGGAAGCUUUAAACAUGUUUCACCACAGCCCCAAUUUGAACAAAGAUACUUUAAGCAUUAUAGAGAGGAAAACAGUACUUUUUGUUCAAUUGUGCAAACUCUCCAAGUAUCUAAUUGAGAAGUAGAGAGGAACCCUAAUGAAACUGACUGUGAAUGAGACUGAGCUAGGCUUAGGUUCACUUUCUCAUCCGACUACAUGUCCCUGGAUUGACCCUCACUCCUCUGAAGACCAGCCUGAAAGCCUUAAAACUGGUCAGAUGAUGGAUGAGUCUGAUGAGGAUUUCAAAGAACUCUGUGCUAGCUUUUUCCAAAGGGUCAAAAAACGUGGAACCAAGGAAGUGUCAGGAGAAAGGAAGGCACAAAAGGCCGCCUCAAAUGGCACUCAGAUAAGAAGCAAAUUUAAAAGGACCAAACAAACUGCUACCAAGAGCAAAACCCUUCAGCGCCCUGCAGAGAAGAAAUCUCCAUCUGGCAGCCAGGCCUCUAGGGCUAAAAAGCAAGUGGUAACCAAAUGCCAAGCAAGUGAACCGGCCCUCACUGUGAAUGGAGAGGGAGGUGUGCUUGCCUCUGCUCCAGAUCAGCCUGUGCUCUGGGAAACAGCACAAAACACCCAGACGGGUAACUGGCAAGAAUCACUGCCAGACCUUUCCAGGGAGGAAACCCGAGAGAAUGUGCCCGACAGCGACUCCCAGCCUCCUCCUUCCUGUUUGACAGCAGCAGUGCCAAGUCCCUCCAAACCCCGCACAGCAAAAUUGGUCCUACAGCGAAUGCAGCAGUUCAAGAGAGCAGACCCUGAACGUUUGAGACACACUUCAGAAGAGUGCUCCCUCCAGGCUGCGCCAGAAGAAAAUGUCCCAAAGAGUCCUCAAGAGGAGAUGAUGGCGGAGAAUGGGGAUGGGCCUGGGCUCCCUGCCCCAGGGAGCGACGCUGUGGUGGCCUUGGCCCUGCAGCAGGAGUUUGCACGGGUCAGAGCAUCGGCACAUGAUGACAGCCUGGAGGAAAAGGGAUUGUUCUUCUGCCAGAUCUGUCAAAAGAACCUCUCAGCCAUGAAUGUGACACGAAGGGAGCAACAUGUGAACAGGUGCUUGGAUGAAGAUGAAAAGGCACUAAGACCUUCUGCGCCUCAGAUCCCUGAGUGCCCAAUUUGUGGGAAACAGUUUCUCACCUUAAAGAGCAGAACCAGUCACUUGAAGCAGUGUGCCGUGAAGAUGGAGGUGGGCCCCCAGCUCCUGCUGCAGGCUGUGCGGCUGCAGACAGCACAGCCUGAGGGGAGCGGCAGCCCAUCGGUGUCCAGCUUCAGCAAUCAUGGUGGAGGUCUGAAACGGAGAGGACCCAUCAGCAAGAAGGAGCCACGGAAGAGGCGGAAGAUAGAUGAGACACCAUCUGAGGACCUGCUGAUGGCCAUGGCUCUGUCCCGGUCAGAGAUGGAGCCAUGUGCAGCUGUGCCAGCUCUCAGGCUGGAAAGUGCCUUUUCUGAGAGGAUAAGACCAGAAGCAGAGAAGAAGAGUCGCAAGAAGAAACCCCCAGGUUCACCUCCACUGUUGUUAGUCCAGGAUUCCGAGACCACAGGCCGACAGAUAGAGGACCGUGUGGACUUACUCCUCUCUGAGGAAGUGGAAUUGUCCAGCACGCCACCACUUCCCACCAGCAGGAUUUUAAAGAAAUGGCGGGAAAAGGCAGGAUGGUGUCUCCCUCCACCUGAAGGCAAGCAGAGCUUUCUGUGGGAGGGCAGCGCACUGACCGGGGCCUGGGCUGUGGAGGCCUUCUACACAGCCAGCCUGGUCCCUCCCAUCGUGCCCCAGCGGCCUGCCCAGGGCCUCACGCAGGAAGCCGUGCUGCCACUGGUGCCACCUGAGCAGUCAGAGCCGGGCACGCGAAGGUCACCUGCUCUCCAUAGCACCCCGCCUGCAGGCUGUGACUCCAGGGAGCUGUCACCUUCGGCCAGCCAGAGGGAGCAUCAGGCCCUGCAGGACCUCAUGGACCUGGCAAGGGAGGGGUUCAGUGCCAGCCAGUGGCCCGGCAGUGGGGGCCUGGCUGGCUCAGAAGGGGCCACAGGGUUGGACAUGGUGCCCAGCAGCCUUCCUCUGACUGGGUUUGUGGUGCCAUCACAGGACAAGCAGCUGGACAGGGGCGGCUGUGCCUCGCUCUCCCUUGGGCUGCUGGUUUCUGACUUUGGCGCCAUGGUCAAUAACCCACACCUGAGUGACGUCCAGUUCCAGACAGACAGCGGGGAGGUGCUUUACGCCCACAAGUUCGUGCUUUAUGCCCGAUGCCCGCUCCUCAUCCAGUAUGUGAACAACGAAGGCUUCUCUGCUGUAGAGGAUGGAGUUCUGACCCAGCGUGUCCUGCUGGGUGACGUGAGCACUGAGGCCGCCCGCACAUUCCUGCACUAUCUCUACACUGCGGACACUGACCUUCCUCCUGGCCUGAGCUCAGAGCUGAGCUCCCUGGCACACAGGUUUGGCGUGAGCGAGCUUGUUCAGCUGUGUGAACAGGUGCCCGCUGCCACAGAUUCGGAGGGCAAACCAUGGGAGGAGAAGGAAGCCGAGAAUUGCCAAAGCAGGGCGGAGAAUUUCCAGGAACUCUUGAGGUCAAUGUGGGCAGAUGAAGAGGAGGAAGUGGAGACUUUGUUGAAAUCUAAGGGCCAUGAAGAAGAUCAAGAAAAAGUGAAUGAAGAAGAAAUGGAAGAAAUUUAUGAAUUUGCAGCUACUCAGCGAAAGCUGCUCCAGGAAGUAGGAGCAUCGGGUACUGGCGAGGACACUGACUGGCUGGUGGGGGACAGUCCGGGCUCUGGGCAGCUCCUUGCAAGUGUCCAGAUGCAGGAACAGCAGGACAAGGUAGAGGAGGUGGAGCCAUCGGGGCUGGGAAAUGAGGCCGCCACCACCUGGAAGAAGGUGGGACAGUCCACCCACUCACUGCCCCAGGGCCAGUGCUCAGGGACACUGGGACUGGAGGCCCCUGAGCAGGAGGCGCCGAAUGAGGCGCUUGGCCAUUCCAGCUGCUCCAGCCCUUCCGGGGGCUGCCAGGCAGAGAGAAAAGAAAGCUCCCUUCCACGUUCAGAUGAUGCCAGGGAUUACGAACAGCUCUUCUCUUCAACUCAGGGAGCGUUCUCAGAGCCGUCACAAAUAACCAGUGAGCCCGAGGAACAGGGUGGCACUGUCAGGGAAAGGGGGCUGGAGGUUUCUCAUCGCCUGGCUCCCUGGCAGGCGUCUCCACCGCACCCGUGCUGCUUCCUACUCGGGCCUCCCCAGGGCGGGAGUCCCUGCCAGUCUCACCACCCUCAUCGUACAAGCGGGUCAGCCCUGUCGACUCCCCGGUCCCGCAGCAGAACAUCCCAGGUGGGGUCCCCAACCUCGCUGUCUCCAGCUGUGCCAUCAAAGCAGAAAAGGGAGAGGAGUGUCCUCACGCUGUCUAACGAGCCAGGCCAGAAAGGCAAAGAGUGUCUGUCCAUGCUGGAGUGCAGAGAUAAGGGAGUCGUGAUGUCCCCAGAAAAAUCUCUGUCAAUUGACCUAACCCAGUCAAAUUCAAGUCCCAGAUCUCAGAAAUCUUCAUCCAAACUGAACAAAGAUGAUGAGGUCAUCCUCUUACUGGACUCAGAUGAAGAGCUGGAGCUGGAAAAAUCCAAAAAGAAGUCCGUUUUUAGUGAUCCCCUGGAAGAAAAGAAAGCUCUAGAAAUUAGCCCUAGAUCCUGUGAGCUGUUCUCCAUCAUUGACGUUGAUGCGGAUCAGGAACCUUCCCAGAGCCCACCGGGAAGGGAAGCCUCACUGCAGCAGGAGGACAAGGCAGAGCUGCCAGAGAAUCGGGGCUCUUGGGGCAGCACAGGGGCUCCCUGGCUGUCCUGUGACCGUGAGAGCAGCCCCAAAGAGGGCAGCACCACAGACACCUCAUGGCUGGUGCCCGCCACCCCGCUGGCAGGCAGAAGCCGAGACUGUUCUUCCCAGACCCAAAUCAGCAGCCUCAGGAGUGGGCCGGCCGUGGAGGCGGUGACUCAGCACAUGCCCAGGCCCUCAGUAGGAAACAGGGAAGGGAACGAAGCCGCUCAGAAGCUUUCGGUCAUCAGGCCCCAGACACCGUCCUCAUGCUGCACUCCUGUCUCUCCAGGAACUUCCGACGGCAGAAGGCAAGGCCACAGAAGUCCUUCCUGCCCCUACCCCGAGGGCCACCUGCACUCCUCUCCGCUGGCUCCAUGUCCCAUCUCAGGGGGCCACACCCACUUCAGCAGGCGGUUCUUGAAACACUCGCCACCUGGGCCAAGCUUUCUGAAUCAGACUACAGUGACUGAAGUCGUGGAACUCGGGGACAGUGACGAUGAGCAGGAGGUGGCCUCCCAUCAGGCCAACAGCAGCCCCCCACUGCACAGUGACCCCCCAGUUCCAAUUGACAAUGGCUGCUGGCACAUGGAGCCCCUCUCGCCAAUUCCCAUUGACCACUGGAACCUGGAGCGGACCGGCCCCCUGAGCACCAGCAGCCCCAGCCUCAGGUUGAAGGAGGCCGCGGACAGCUGUGACUGCUGCUCCCCGGGACUCCUGGAUACCACUCCCAUCCGAGGAAGCUGCACUGCCCAUCGGAAAUCGCAAGAGAAGUCCUCGGGUGUGGGCUCCCUGGGGAACAGCAGGCUGAAUGCUCUGAAUUCGGCUCUGUGGGAUGAUUGGGACUGGGAAGAGCAGAGGCCUCCAGAGACCCCUCCUCCCACCCAGACGCUAAGCACCAGUGGAGCUCAGAAGCCUAAAGUGUUAGAGACGCCCAAAGGUGCUAAUCGGAAGAAGAAUUUGCCCCCCAAAGUGCCCAUCACUCCAAUGCCACAGUAUUCCAUUAUGGAGACCCCGGUGCUGAAGAAGGAACUGGAUAGGUUUGGAGUCCGCCCUCUGCCUAAACGCCAGAUGGUUCUGAAGCUGAAGGAGAUAUUCCAGUACACGCACCAGACCCUGGACUCAGACUCCGAGGACGAGAGCCAGUCCUCACAGGUGCUGCUGCAGGCACCUCACUGCCAGACCCUCGCCUCCCAGACCUGCAAGCCUUCAAGGGCAGCAGUCCAUGCACAGCAGGUGGCCACCACAGGACCUGAGGCCCAUAGGCCCAAGGGACCUGCUAAGACCAAGGGCCCCCGACAUCAAAAGAAGCAUCCUGAAAGCAUCACACCCCUGAGCAGGUCACCCGUCAAAGAGGCACCUCCAGGCCUUGACGAUGACGCCCAGCUCCCAGCCUCCCAGGAAUCUGUGGCCACCUCUGUGGAUGGCAGUGACAGCUCGUUGAGCUCACAGAGUUCUUCCUCCUGUGAGUUUGGAGCGGCAUUUGUGUCUGCAGGUGAAGAGGAGGAGGGCGAGGACGAGGUCAGUGCCUCGCAGGCAGCCGUGCAUGUGGCAGACACGGACGAGGCACUGAGAUGCUACAUCCGCUCCAAGCCGGCCUUGUACCAGAAGGUGCUGCUGUACCAGCCCUUUGAGCUGGGGGAGCUGAAGGCCGAGCUGAAGCAGAAUGGCCUCCAUGUGUCCUCGGGCAGGCUGUUGGACUUCCUGGACACCCACUGUAUCACCUUCACCACUGCCGCCGCCCGCAGGGAGAAGCUCCAAGGCAGGAGGCGGCAGCCUCGGGGCAAGAAGAAGGCAGAGCACAACUGACAGGCUGUCCCCAACCCCACCCCACCCCGCCAUCAGCAGCCCCCACCCUUGCCAUCUUCCAGGAGGACCUAGGACACCCAGUGUGGGUCAGGCCUCCACAGGCAUUUCUGGGCCUUGAGACCACAUCAGCUAUGCACUGUGACGACGACCACAGCCCGAUCCAGGGCUUCCUCCUCAGCUCUCUGCUUUCCAGAGUGGCAUUUGGAGCGUGUCAUCCAUUGAAUUUAGACUUGAGCCCCUUCCUCUGUCUGUGCCCAGUGUGUUUCCCUUUUUGUUUUGUUUUUUUUUUUUUUUGGGAGAUGGAGUCUCAUUCUCUCACCCAGGCUGGAGGACAGUGGCGUGGUCUCAGCUCACCAUACCCUCUGCCUCCCGGGUUCAAGCCAUUCUCUUGUCAGCCUCCCGGGUAGUCGGGACUGCAGGCACAUGCCACCGUGCCCGGGUAAUAUCUUUGUAUUUUAGUAGAGACAAGGUUUCACCAUGUUGCCCAGGUUGGUCGCGAACUCCUGAGCUCAGGCAAUCCAACCGACUUAGCCUCCCAAAAUGCUGGGAUUACAGGUGUAAGCCACCUCACCUGGCCCAGUGUGUCUCCCUUUAACCCAGAGGGGCAGUGGGCCAUCACCAGCGGGCCAGGGCAAGGCCUAUUCUGCCACAUCUGCCACCCUCUGAGCCCACCAGUCCUGGGCACAGCUGCCCCACACGUCUGUCCUGAGAUGGACAUCAGGUCCAGCCUGCCCUAGUGGCCCAGGCCAGUCCUCGUCAGCACUCAGGCCAACCCCAGCCACCGCCAGCCUGAGACCAGGUGUCCUCAGGUUCCCCUCACUGCCACGGCCCAGGUACAACUCUCCUGGCCCAGCCAGGCUGCCAGGACACUUGCCAUUGUCACCAGCAGUCUCCAAACUGGACAGUGCACAAGGGCCCAGAACAACUCUGAUGUCCCCAAAACAAGCAUGUUCACUAGCGGGUUCCAUCCAUUUGGGUUAAAGCUGCCUCCAACCUCAGGAGGAGUGUGGAGGAAGGGGAGGGCCAGGAAAGGAAACCACGGUCUCUCCAUCCUUGUGAAUGUCCUCGUCUGUUUCAAAUGCAGUGCAGUCAGUUUUAUAUGAUGUGCAAUAAACCAAAAUGGCUUUAUUAAAA